AUGCUUCAAUCACGAUGGGCGACGCAGCCCGAGAAGACGGAGGAGAAAGCCACGACGCCUGCAACAAUCGCUAAAGAAACCGCCGGACCGGCCGAGACGCAGCCAGCAGCAGCACCUGAAGCGUCUUCGUAUGCACCGACGGACACAUCAUAUGACCCCGCCUACAAUGACCCGUCAAUCGACCCUUUUGCUCAGACGGCCAGCACAGACGAUCUAUUUUUCGACGAUGACAUCAUUCCCAUUUCUGCGCCAGUCGUGGAACGAGGCCCUCCUCAGGUCGAAGCCCCCAAGCCCGUUUCUGCGCCUGAUGAGGCAACACCACCGACUGCACCCCAGCAGCACCUCGCGCCGCAUACGCCAAGAGGUCCGAGCAAUGGCGAGAGGGGAGGUCGUGGCCGUGGAAGGGGCAAGGGCCGUGGACGUGGACGAGGCGGCCACGCUGCUGAGAGCAGAGAUGUGAGGGAGACCAGAGACAUUCGGGAAAGCAGAGAUAUCAGGGAGACCAAGCCUGACAAGGAAGCCACACAAGAAGCGGAACCAGCACCCGCCGCUGCCACUGCUCCCACUACUGACAGCGUCGACCCUACUGGGUCGAAAGACAAGCCUGCCCACUCUGUCCGUGGCGACAGGACCUUGACAGGCGGCAAUGCACGUACCCGUCUCACCGAAGAACAACUGAACGCCAAAGUUAACUCUAUGCGAUCUAAGAACGAAGCAUUGCAGACUGCCCACGCACGCGCAGAAGCUGAUGUCGCCAAAUAUGAGGCACGUGAAGCCGCCCUCAAGAAACAAGAUGUCGAGCGUAAGAAGGUGCAAGCCGAGAAGCAAAAGGCCGAUCGCCAGAACCGUCAACAAAUGAUGGGCGAACGAGAAAAGAACAGGCUUAGGAAGCUAAACGCCCAGCAGGGUAGAGAAUGGGACUUUGAGAAAGAGGACGGCUUCGAUGGAACCGGAGAGGAGAGAAGGCGCGGCGCUACAAGAGGAGCUCAUGGAGGUGUUGCACCUUCUCGGCCGUCUGGUCAAGCUCCUGAGAACGAGCAGCCUGAAGAAUAUCAUACACCGCAGUCGCAACGUGGACGAGGCAGAGGUCGGGGUGGUAGGGGAGGCCGUGGCGGACGUGGUGAUCACGCUGCAUCCGAGCACAAGAGACGCGAGCAGCAACCACCGUCGUCAGCUGACUUCCCCGAACUACCUUCUACCACCACUGCAGCCCCCAAGGAGUCUGAUGCACCCAAGAAUCUCGACUUCCCCGUCAAGGGCAAGGCCGCAGAGACCAAGGACAGCGAGCCGGAACGUCCUGCCAUUCAGAAGCAGGAUUCGUUCGGCAUACCGUCGCCUAUGGACAAGGGUCGCAGUUGGGCUGACGAGGUCGAGUCAUAG